UUGAGGCGGUGGCGGCGGCGGCGGCAGUGACGGGCAGUCGGGUCGGAAGCCCCAAGUACGGCUCAGGGCUCGGACCCCCAGAUCCACUCCAAGGAGGCCUGGAGGAGACUAGGUGCAUUUUGUACUGGAGGUUGAGCAAGAUGAUGAUGUCUCUGUCCUUCAAAUGGCCACUCACAAGUGUGUCGCUGUCAUGUCUACUUUCCUGGCUAUUGACUCUCUUAGCUGUGUGUACUCGAGCAUGGUGUCAGCAUAGUGAUCCCAUAUCUCCAAAAGCUAGUGAUGGGUCACCAUUUCCUUGGAACAAAAUACGCCUUCCUGAGCACGUCCUCCCAGUUCAUUACAGCCUCACCAUCCACGCAAACCUCAGCACACUGACUUUCUGGGGUACCACGGAAGUAGAGAUCAUGGCCAGCCAGCCCACCAGUACCAUCAUCCUGCAUAGUCACCUCCUGCAGAUAUCCAGGGCCACCCUCAGGAAACAGGCUGGGGCACCUGAAGAACCACUGAGAGUCCUGGAAUACCCACCUCAUGAACAAAUCGCCCUGCUGGCUUCGGAGCCCCUUCUUACUGGGCACAGGUAUACGGUUAUCAUCAGCUAUGCUGGCAAUCUCUCCAGCCACUUCCACGGAUUUUAUAAAAGCACCUACAGGACCAAGGAAGGGGAAGUGAGGGUACUUGCUUCUACACAGUUUGAACCAACUGCAGCUAGAAUGGCCUUUCCCUGCUUUGAUGAACCUGCCCUAAAAGCAAGUUUCUCAAUCAAAAUCAGAAGGGAGCCAAGGCAUUUGGCCAUCUCCAAUAUGCCAUUGGUGAAAUCUGUAACUAUUGCAGAAGGAUUAAUAGAAGACCAUUUUGACGUUACUGUGAAGAUGAGUACCUACCUUGUGGCCUUCAUUAUUUCAGACUUUAAGUCUGUCAGCAAGAUGACCAAGAGUGGAGUCAAGGUUUCUGUAUAUACUGUGCCAGACAAGAUAAAUCAAGCAGAUUACGCAUUGGAUGCUGCAGUGACUCUUCUAGAAUUUUAUGAGGAUUAUUUCAGCAUUCCAUAUCCUCUCCCCAAACAAGAUCUUGCUGCAAUUCCUGACUUUGCGUCUGGAGCUAUGGAAAACUGGGGCCUGACCACCUACAGAGAAUCCUCUCUGUUAUUUGAUGCAGAAAAGUCUUCUGCUUCCAGUAAGCUUGGCAUCACAAUGACUGUGUCCCAUGAACUUGCCCACCAGUGGUUUGGAAACCUGGUCACUAUGGAGUGGUGGAAUGACCUUUGGCUCAAUGAAGGAUUUGCCAAGUUUAUGGAGUUUGUGUCUGUCAAUGUGACCCAUCCUGAACUAAAAGUUGAGGAUUAUUUCUUGGGCAAGUGUUUUGAUGCAAUGGAGGUAGAUGCAUUAAAUUCCUCACACCCUGUGUCCACACCUGUGGAGAAUCCUGCUCAGAUUCGGGAGAUGUUUGAUGAUGUAUCUUAUGAAAAGGGAGCUUGUAUUCUGAACAUGCUAAGAGAUUAUCUGGGUGCUGAUGUGUUUAAAAGUGGAAUUGUACAAUACCUCCUUAAGUAUAGCUAUAAAAACACAAAAAAUGAGGACCUGUGGAAUAGUAUGGCACAUAUUUGCCCCACAGAUGAUACUGAGACAAUAGAUGGCUUUUGCUUCAGAAGUCAACACUCUUCUUCAUCCUCACACUGGCAUCAGGAGGGGACAGAUGUGAAAACCAUGAUGAACACCUGGACGCUGCAGAAGGGCUUUCCCUUGAUCACCAUCACUGUGAGAGGAAGGAAUGUACACAUGAAGCAAGAGCACUACAUGAAAGGCUCUGACAGCACUCCAGAAACCGGGUACCUAUGGCAUGUUCCAUUGACAUUCAUUACUAGCAAAUCAGACUCUGUGCAGAGAUUUUUGCUGAAGACAGAGACAGAUGUGCUCAUCCUCCCAGAAGCAGUGGAAUGGAUCAAAUUUAACGUGGGAAUGAAUGGGUAUUACAUUGUGCAUUAUGAGGAUAAUGGAUGGGAUUCUUUGGCUGGCCUUUUAAAAGGAACACACACAGCAAUCGGCAGUAACGAUCGGGCGAGUCUCAUUAACAAUGCAUUUCAGCUUGUCAGCAUUGGAAAGCUAUCGAUUGAAAAGGCCUUGGAUUUAACCUUGUACUUGAAGUAUGAAACAGAAAUUAUGCCUGUGUUCCAAGGUUUGAAUGAGCUGAUACCUAUGUAUAAGUUAAUGGAGAAAAGAGAUAUGAAUGAAGUGGAAAUGCAAUUCAAGGCCUUCCUCCUCAGGCUGCUGAGGGACCUCAUUGAUAAGCAGAUCUGGGCAGAUGAGGGCUCUGUCUCAGAGAGAAUGCUUCGGAGUCAGCUCCUCCUCCUCGCCUGCGUGCGCAAGUAUCAACCCUGUGUGCACAGGGCAGAAGGCUAUUUCAGAAAGUGGAAGGAAUCUAAUGGAAAUAUGAGCCUGCCUGUUGAUGUGACCCUGGCAGUGUUUGCUGUUGGUGCACAGAACACUGAAGGCUGGGACUUUCUUUAUAAUAAAUACCAGUCUUCUUUGUCCAGUACUGAGAAAAGCCAGAUUGAAUUUGCCCUCUGUACGAGCCAAAACAGGGAAAAGCUCCAGUGGCUAUUAGAUGAAAGUUUUAAGGGGGAUGUAAUAAAAACUCAAGAAUUUCCACAUAUUCUUACCCUCAUUGGCAGAAACUCAGUGGGCUAUCCAUUGGCCUGGCAGUUUCUGAGAGAAAAUUGGAAUGAACUAGUUCAAAAGUUUGAACUUGGCUCAUCUUCCCUAGCCCACAUGGUGUUGGGAACAACAAAUCAAUUCUCCACCAGAACUCGUCUUGAAGAGGUAAAAGAAUUCUUCAGCUCUUUGAAAGAAAAUGGUUCUCAGCUCCGUUGUGUUCAACAAACAGUUGAAACCAUCGAAGAAAAUAUACGCUGGAUGGACAAGAAUUUUGAUAAAAUAAGAGUAUGGCUGCAAAGUGAAAAGCUUGAACGGUUGUAGUAAUCUGUUUCUUGCCAAGUUCCUGUCAUCUAUAAUCACCAAAGUGUUAUUUAAUGUGAACAUUUAAUAGACUGGAUAUAUUUUCAAGCUGGCGAUGGUUAUUUUUGGCUUUCUGGUGAUACUUUUCAACUCUACUCAUUUGAACAUUUCUGGAUGAUUUAGGAAUUUCUAAAGUUUUUAAAAUUCAUUUUGUUGGAGAUUGAACUAUAUAUAAUCUUACAUACACCUAACCCUUUCAUCAUUUCUGAGAGAAGACUGCAUGCUAAUUGAUGUAGCUCCAUGUUAAACAGUACUGCCCUGAACUGUAAAUCCUUUGCUACAGAAUAAUAAAGUUCCUCACUCU